GCUGCCGCCCCGUUCUCGGCUUUUUAUUUUCUCCUCUCACCGGGGAUCGUAUCCUUGGAGCCGGCACGGUGUGGCUGCCGCUACCAGCUCUUCGUGCGCCGCCUAGGAAGGGGAACGACGCGACCUCCCCAACAUGGCCGCCCUCUCUUUCCGCCUCCCGCGAUGGCGGCGGCGCGCAGGCGGGGCGUGUCCCUUCCCAAGGUGGCGGCGGCGCCGAGGGGGCGAUGGCGGCGGAGGAGCCGCGCAGCCUGUUCGCGCUGAGCGCGGCCGCGGUGAGCCGCAGCAUGGGCGCCCUGGAGCGGGACGUCUGGGCGCUGCCCGGGCACCUCCUGCGGGGGCUCUUGCCGCUCCUGAGCGUCUUCCACCUGGAGCGGGCCGAGGCCGCCGCCCGUAGAGCAGGCCUCUCAACACAGCCCGUGUGGCGCCAGCUGUGGGACGAUGUGAUGAAGACCAGGCCGCCCAACGCAAAGAAUAUAACCUGUUGGAGGAAGAAGUUCCUUGAAACAUUCUUCUCGAAUGUUCUUCACGGUGUCUUGGAUGUUUCCUCUGACCGGCGUCUCAGCGACCCUCACUUUUCACCGCUGCUCCACAGCUCCCCGCACGUUUCCCAGCUGACCCUCUGCAACACGCUGCAGGGUGCGCUGGAGCUCGCUGCUGAGCACAACCAGAAAGUGCUGGAAAACCUGGCCGUCUCCCUGCGGACCCUCAAGUUCCAGCACCUCCUCUCCUCCGACCAGUCGGUCAGGCGUUCGCUGGUUUUGCUUCUCCACCGGCUGAUUCACCACGGCUCUGUCAACCAGGUGUCCAUGUAUUCGUGGCCUGUUCCUGACACGGUUCUUCUCGUCCUCAUUUUGAGCAUGAGCGCUGGGUUUUGCCGCCUGGGAAAUGCCAUCACCUAUCGCAGCAGCCCGUGUGGCCUUUGCAGAGAGGAGGAGAAAGCCCGAAGCCAGGAGUCACCACACGAGCGAGCAGAGCGGGGCUGUUGCGAUGAGGGGGAGAGGAGUGAUGGCAAGAACAAGGAGGCCCCGGCGGAGGCUGACACGGAGGUGAAUGGAUGCCAGGCUGACGGUGGCCUCAACUCUGUCCUCUCCGGACCAACAAGUCCUCUGCAGAACCCAGUGAGCGAGGAGUCAAGCAGCAAGGUGCCCUGUGACCCCACCAGCGUUCAGGGAGGGUCUUCUCUUUGCAUUUUGGACCAGCUGUCCUGUCAGCGUGUUCUUCGAAAGAAACGUAGACGGCUGAAACCUGCAGUAGGGAAGAAACGUCGCUGCCUCAGGCAAAGCAGGGGACCACAAGCUGACCCAGAAGACCUGUAUGAUUUUGUUUUUACUGUUGCUAGAGAGGAUAAUUCAGGGUUAUUUGACAAAAACAGCACCACAGAGGGAGAAAACACUGAGAGCUGGACUAGUUUGUCCACAGGAUCUCUGUGCGCUGGCCAUGCUGGCUGUAAGAAAAGAGGAGGAUCUGCUGGGAUCUUUUCUCUGAAAGCUGCUAAGUGCUUCCGAAGCGUGUCCACGCUGGAAUUGUUCUCCAUUCCUUUGACAGGGGAGACAUGGCGGACUCUGAGUAACCUCCUGAGCUCCUGGGUGUCUCUGGAAAACCUGGUUCUGUGUUACAACGGCCUGGAUGCAAACAUCUCCUGCAUCCUCUCCGCGCUCCGGGCCCUCUCCCGCCACUCGGACUGCCAGCUCCGCGUGCUGUGCCUCAGCGACGUGUCCUCCCACCUGCCCUGCGUGGAACUUGUUCGCUGCAUCCUGAGCGCCUUUCCCCGGCUCCACACGCUCUCAGUCAGCUUCGACCUCAAAACCCAGCUGGAGGGGAAGAGGCCAGAGGGGAAUCCAAGCUGCAGCGAGGCAGAAAUCCCAGAGAGCUGUCUGGAGCAGCUGGAGAUCAGAUUCCCCAGGGAACCUCUGCACACCACGUUCCUGCUGCCAGUGCUCAAGGCGUCCAAGUCUCUCCAGCAGCUGUCCCUCGAGAGCGCCACGUUGCCUGGUCCUCAGGAGCUUGGGCUCCUUUUGGAGGCUCUCAGAGAGUGUAAUCCACGUUUGAAGAAAAUGGGCUUUUAUGAUGUGAACCUGGCUCAACACCAGAAAGAAGUUCUGCUUUUGCUUCAGGAUCCUGUCCUGCAAGAAAUCACAUUUUCUUUCUGCCGGCUCUUUGAAAGCUCUACUGCUGAGUUUUUGUCAGAAAUAAUCAAUGCAGUGAAAAGAAAUUCAUCUUUGAAGAGCCUCAGACUGCCUGGGAACCGCCUUGGGAAUGACAGGCUGGUUGCCCUCGCAGGCAUUUUCUCUGAAGAUUCCUCCUCUUCCCUUUGCCGGCUGGAUGUCAGCUCAAAUUGCAUCAAACCCGAUGGGCUCCUGGAGUUCACAAAGAAGCUAGAAGAUCAUAUCCAGCAGAGAGGGGGACAGAUUCAAUUCACACACCUCUGUCUCUUCCAAAAUUGGCUGGACCAGGAUGCUGAAACAGCUCAAGAAGCUCUUCGGCGUCUCAAAGCCGUGUGCACUGUGGUGAGCGACUCGUGGGACUCGUCCCAGGCCUUUGCUGACUAUGUCAGUGUCAUGUGAUGGAUGCGGGAGUGGGAGAAAACCCAUCGGCUUAAACCUCAGCAGUUCAGUCCCUGGCCAGUAAGAUUUAGUUCAUAGCACCUGGUUCAAGCAGGGUACAGCUGUUCUUGUCACUUUGCUAUUCCUAUGAAGAGGUCCCAAAGUGAAGUGACACGCAGGACCAUGUGAGUCAACAGCUGUAUUUCCAGGUGAUUUAACUCAAAAUAUUCAAAGAAAGAAGAUGGUAAAAUAGGACAGAUAUCAAAUGAGCUUCUAUAACUUCCUGCGGAUCUAAGGCAAGCAGUUAUUUAUUUCACUGGGGGUGUUAGAAAUUCCAUGUUGUUUCAGCCAAUAUCAAUAAUUAUCUUCAUUGGUGGAGAGACUCAAAAACCAGCUCUAGGUUACCUUGCUUUUGAGCAGGGGCACUGGACAAUACAACCUUGAGGUCCCUUCCAAACUUCAACCGUUCUGUGAUCUGUGAAAUCAGAACUCCUCCUGCCACUUAAAGGGAGUAGAAAACAAGCUAAAAAAAUCCCCAGCCUUGACCUUUUGCAUUUGGAAAAAUUUGACUUUUUAAAUUAUGUCCCAAGGAACCUGUUGUUUAUUUGCAAUCAUGUUGCCCCCUCCCCUAUCUCCAGUAAUUUUACAGAGGUUUUGAAUAGUUUAUUCUUUUAGUAACACUUUUUAUAAUAAAAAUAGAAUUAAGACCCAUAA